AUGAGGAUCGCAGCGAGCAACAUCGCCGGUCCUUCUCGCCUCCGAUCUGCGGUGGUCGCAGCGCGGUCUACCAGCUUCGCAAGCUCAGCGUCAUCUGGGCUAGCUACUACACCCCCACCCUCCUCAUUCAGCACCAUCAACGAUCUCGAGAUCUCCCACUUCUCCCGCCUCGCCUCGGAAUGGUGGUCCGAAACGGGCGAAUUCGCCUUGUUACACCGUAUGAACCCCCCUCGGAUCGAAUACAUGCGACAGCUCAUCGCGUUCGAUCCGCGCUUCGAAUCACCGUGGUCCUUCGCCGCCCGCCACUCUGACAAGGCGCGGGAAAAGGCCAAUGGCGUCGGGCGGUGGCUGACAGGCAAGCGGGUCCUGGAUGUCGGUUGCGGCGGCGGAUUGCUCAGUGAGGCAUUGGCGAGGCUGGGCGGGGACGUUAUAGGUGUGGAUGCGAGCGGGGUGAAUAUCGGGAUGGCGGUAGCGCAUGCAAGGGUCGGGUCGUUGGAGUACAGACAUACGUCCGCGGAGGCGUUGCGGGACGCGGGGGAACAAUUUGAUGUGGUCUGCGCGAUGGAGGUGGUGGAGCAUGUGGAUGAGCCAGGGGAGUUUAUGAAGGCUCUUGGGGAUAUGGUCAAGCCUGGCGGCUACCUAAUCAUGUCCACCAUCUCCCGCACACCUCUCUCCCGCCUCCUCACCCUCACCAUGGCCGAAGACGUCCUCCGUCUCGUCACUCCCGGCACGCACACCUAUACAAAGUACAUCAAACCCGAAGAGAUCCGCCGGUUCGUUCAUUCCGAGAUGGGGGGUUAUGACGUAUGGGAGAAGGAAGAGGAUGCGGGCGACGUGAGGACAGAUGAGGUCGGGAGGACGAGGGGGAUCGUGUAUGAUCCGCUGGGCGGCAAGUGGAGGUUAUGGGGCAGUGGGGUGGAGGGGGGUUGGGGCAAAGGAUUGGGGGAGGGGUGUAAUUACAUGUAUGGGGCCAAGAAGCGGGUGGACGCUGCUAAGUAG